AUGCUAUUAAUACCACCUAACGAACAUAAUCUGGAGGAUAGGUUAUCCUCUUACAUUUGUUGGCUGGACGAGUAAGGGGAGGGAUAGAGAGGCAGGGAAAGAGGAGGGAAAAGCUGUGCUGUAGCUUCACUUUUGAGUGUGUUCCCUCCCAAGCCACAGUGCCCUCUCUCUCUCGCUCUCUCUCUCUUUCUCUCUCUCUCUCUCUCUCUCUCUCUCGCUUGCUCUCCCUUUCUCCACUGAAUGGAGAGAAUAGAAAGCAAAACACAUGUGUAAAGUUUCGUUUCUCAUCCCUGCUGUUGCUGCUCUCUCCUGCCCCCCACAUCUCUCUCUCUGUGGAUGUGUUGUACCAGAGGGCAGCGGUACUAAGUGCUGACUUGUACUUGAGUGUGUGUAUAUGGUGUAUACCUGCUGGCAGUAAUAAGCUGUUAAAACACAACUAGUGGAGCACCCACUGUGGAAGUCUCCACUAUAUUCUCCAGUUAUGAACUCUCUACCGGCUUACACAGGAGCUAGAAUAUCUGGCUGUUGGACUCUAAGAUCUGAUGGCAGUGGAGGUGGUGAGGGAUCACUGGACCGGCUCCUCCCCACAGUAAGCACAGGCUUGUCACCAAGGAAAAGGACCACCAGCCAGUGCAAGUCUGAGCCUCCCCUGCUGCGCACCUCCAAACGAACCAUCUACACGGCUGGCCGCCCACCCUGGUACAAUGAACAUGGAACCCAGUCCAAAGAGGCCUUUGUCAUCGGUCUGUGUGGGGGCAGCGCUUCAGGGAAGACCACGGCAGCAAGGAACAUCAUCGAGGCUCUAGAUGUCCCGUGGGUUGUCUUACUUUCAAUGGACUCCUUUUACAAGGUCCUGUCUGCAGAGGAACAGAUUCUGGCUGCCAGUAAUGACUAUAACUUUGACCACCCGGAUGCCUUUGACUUUGAUUUGCUGACACAUACACUGCGCAAGCUCAAACAGGGCAAGAGUGUGAAAAUCCCUGUAUAUGACUUUACAACACAUGGGCGACAGAAGGAGUGGAAAACAGUAUAUGGAGCCAGUGUUAUCAUCUUUGAGGGAAUCAUGGCCUUUACAGAUAAGGAGCUCUUGCAGUUGCUGGACAUGAAGAUCUUUGUGGACACAGACUCUGACAUCCGCCUGGUGCGGCGACUGAGGAGGGACAUUACAGAGAGGGGCCGAGACAUCGAGGGUGUCAUCAAACAGUACAACAAGUUUGUGAAGCCAGCCUUUGAGCAGUACAUUGAGCCCACCAUGCGACUGGCUGAUAUUGUGGUACCACGUGGUGGUGGCAAUAUGGUGGCUAUUGAUUUGAUUGUGCAGCAUGUCCACAGCCAGCUGGAGGAGAGGAAACUUCGCUGGGAUAUGGCAGCCCUGGCCUCUGCCCACCAGGCCCAGCCACUCCCCCAGACCCUCAGUGUCCUGGAGAGCACGCCGCAGGUCAGGGGCAUGCACACCAUCAUCAGAAACAAAGAAACCAGCCGUGACGAGUUCAUUUUCUACUCCAAGAGGUUGAUGCGUCUCUUGAUUGAGCGAGCUCUCUCCUUCCUCCCCUCACAGAUCCACAUAGUCCAGACCCCACAGGGAGAGGAUUAUGAAGGCAGGACUUUCCAUGGGAAGAGGAUCACAGGAGUGUCCAUCUUGCGGGCAGGCGAGACCAUGGAGCCGGCCCUGAGGGCUGUGUGCAAAGACGUUCGCAUCGGCAAGAUCCUCAUCCAGACCAACCAGGACACGGGAGAACCUGAGCUUCACUAUCUGCGUCUACCUAAGGACAUUAGUGAAGACCAUGUGAUCCUGAUGGACUGCACUGUGUCCACUGGAGCUGCAGCCAUGAUGGCUAUACGAGUGCUGCUGGAUCACGACGUUCAGGAAGAUAAGAUCCUGCUGGUGUCUUUGCUGAUGGCAGAAAUGGGAAUCCAUUCAGUGGCCUACGCAUUCCCACAGGUCAAGAUCAUCACCACCGCUGUCGACAAGAAGGUCAACGAUGUUUUCCACAUCAUCCCCGGCAUAGGAAACUUUGGAGACCGAUACUUUGGCACAGACGCACCCCCAGACUGGAGCGAUGAGGAGAUGGAUGAGCCCAGCUGCUGACUGGAUGAUUGUCAGUGGAUUAACUUAUUUGGCUGAUUCAGGGCUGUGCCCCUUUGGAGGACAACAGGAUGUGCUCUGCCUCAGUUGGGUCACAACAUGCGACCUUUGGUUUAACGGGCCAAACCAAACGCCCACCAACACUAACUGAGACUGGAACAAAGACAUUCACCACCGUUGGAACUUUUUUAAUUUAAUUAUUUUUUUCUUAUGUAUGUGCUGUUGUGGACAGUUGAUAUUAUUACUAUUUUUUAUAUGUACAGCAAGUUGGAAAGGCCAAAUGUUUUAUUUUGGUAUUUUAAUUGCCACAAUCUCAAUGUUGGAACUGUUGGAAUUUAUUUUAACAUUUUAAUAUGAGAGAACAUGUCUAGCCUUAAGCCAUGUACUAUGGGUGACACAGCUGAAUGUGAAUUUGCACUUGCCGUUAAAAAAAAAUACAUAUUAAGAUUCUGAGGUCAAUUUAUUUAUUCCUCGCACCUUUCACACGGUAAAAUAGAGACAUGCAGUAAUUUUGUUAAACUACUGUGGCCACUUUCUGAAGGACCACUCAACUGGAAAAAUUGCGGGUGUAACUGUUUUUUUUUU